AUGGGCUCCGUGCGCUGGGCUUUCCGCUGUGGCUCCUGGACACCGACCCGGGCUGAGUGGCUCUUUGCUGCUCGAUGCAUCCAGCCCGAAGAGAAGGACAGGAUCGGCCAGUUUGUAUUCACCAAAGAUGCCAAGUCCGCCAUGGCCGGCAGGUUGCUGCUCAGGAAGUUUGUUUGUGAGAAGAUGACACUACCCUGGUCCCACUUCAGACUGGAGCGCUCUCCAAGAGGAAAGCCUUAUCUCCCAACACAACCACAAGACGGCCCUGUGUCCCCCACCUGGAGUUUUAACUUGUCACAUCAAGGAGACUUUGCAGUGCUCGCAGCACAGCAGGGGUGCCAGGUCGGGGUUGACAUCAUGAAGACCGUGAUGCCUGGCAGCAGCUCUGUGCCGGAGUUUUUCCGCAUCAUGACUCGUCAGUUUACCCCGUACGAGUGGAGCGUCAUCCAAUCAGCCGGCUCAGAACACCAGCAGCUCGCCUCUUUCUACCGACACUGGGCCCUCAAGGAGAGCUUCAUUAAAGCCAUCGGAACCGGGCUGGGAUUCAACCUGCAGCGGGUGGAGUUUCAUUUAUCAUCUGAACCACUCACACAGGACCCGCCAGCGAGUCUAACCACAAUGCACCUGGACGAGGAGGAGCAGGGCGACUGGCUGUUCGAGGAGUGUCUGCUUGAUGAGGACCACCAUGUCGCCGUGGCUCUGGGUCCAGGGUCUCCGCCCUCACCUGCGCCCCUCGCCCCGCCCCGCGCCUUCACCCUGCUGUCCUUCUCGGAGCUGACAAGCCUGGCGUCCCCCCUGACAGACGAGGACCCUUCCUACUGGGAGAGCUUCAGCACCAAGGCCGAGGGUCCGCAGAGACGCAGAGACGGGCUGUGA